UCAUUAGAAAAAUGGAACUCAACCGAGAACAUUUUCGCGCCAUAAUUUAUUACAACUUUCAGAGACAAUUAUCGCAACAAGAAUGCCUUGUUGAGUUACUGUCUGUUUUCGGCAACGAAGCGCCACAUCAGUCGACAAUUUCCCGUUGGUAUGGAGAAUUCAAACGUGUCACCCUGGAAAACGUCGAUGUUGUGCGCAAACUCAUCAUUGAAGAUAGAUAUGCGUCCUUGAAGAUCUCAAAGACCUCAAUUAAAAAAAAUUUACACGAAGAAUUAGGAGUAAGAAAAUUAGUUUCUCGUUGGAUACCCCACCUGUUGACUGAAGAGCAGAAAGCCGACAGGGUUAAUUGCAUUGUUAGAGGUGAUGAAUCGUGGACUUACUAUUAUAAACCAGAAAAUAAACGACAGUCGGCUGUUUGGGUGUUCCAAGGUGAAGAAAAGCCAACAAAAGUCAUCCGUUCUCGAACGGGUCAUAUUGCAACAAUUCCUCUUAAUGAGCAAAGAACUCUUCGAAAAAUCAACCCCGAAAGAAGAAUCAUCCUCCACCAAGACAAUGCAAGCUCGCACACAGCCCAAAAAAACAAGGCAGUAUUUAACGGAAGAAAACUUAAAAACAGACUGCGUGGUCAAAGGUUCCAGUCACCAGAAGAAGCAGUUGACGCAUUCAAAAAUGCCAAUAAGUGCUUCGAAAAUUGGUUCGAGCGCAUGCAGAUGUGUAUUAAUCUUCGUGGAGAAUACUUCGAAAAACAAUAA